UGCGUUAACACCAUCAUGUCAAUAGAAGGAAACAAAUGAAGACAACGGAGCUAGCUGACUAUCUCGUCUUUCUCUGAUCCCCUUCAUCCUUAGCCGGGCAGCUUGGCACAUAGAAUCGGCCAGCUCUUGCAAAAGCCCUGUAGAGGUCGUGGCCGCUUCGACUUUCCAAGUGGCUUCUUCUCACUAUUAACAUCCGCACCAGCUGCGUGUCCACAGGACUUGUUCCCGGCCAUUAUCUUCCAGCCGUCUCCAGCUCUGGGUGCCUUUCCUACGACAGGCUCCCUAUCGCUCUUGAGAAAGCACAUCCCAUCAUCUCCCAGGCCUACGUGGACCCAAUAGUUGCACUCCUCCGUGGCUGCGCACCAGUCGGCACAGUCCAGGUACUCCGGGUACCCAUGAGUAGCCACCUCCAGAUCGGCACCGGGCGCGUAGUCGAGAUUCUCCUCGAUAACGCAAGAGCGUAAUCUAGGUUCUCGUCGGGGACGCUGACCUUGGCCGACGACGUCCAUGAUAACCACAAGCCCGUCACCCUUCUUAUUCUCGCCCCACAGCUUGACAUCGGUGAGUUUCGUGCCAUUGAUUCGCUGAACGGUUUGAACGACGGGCUCCUCGUACUCCCCGUCGUCGCUCAUAUACUUAGUGAAGAGGAACGUUGCAGUGUAGUUCUUGGACGUAUCGAGAAAGUUGAGGGGGAUGAAAGGGAUAACGCGCGUCUCCACUGUUCCGCUCACGACGCCCAGGAACCAUGUGCUAUUCGACCGUCUCGCCAGCACGGUAAGGUCUCCUAUUAUUGAUGGAGGAAGGACCCGUGUCUCGUCCCACACUGUCGGAAUCUUCAUAAUGAUGUCACGAUAGCUUUGCUCGAGAAUUAUUUCGGGGUCUUCGACGAUGGUCUGCAGGGGUGAAGUGAAUGUAAUUAACGUCGCGACCUGAUGGACCUGGGGAAAGUGGCAGGCAUUGGGGGCCGAUCGACGACGGAUCUCCUGCCUUCCAUUAUCUUGCUGCAUUGCAAACUUACUAGAGUUGUCGCGCCUCUGAGUGUUUGCAGCGAGAGUGGCGUGUAGUCUCCAGCACCACUUGGGAACCUUCAGGCACAUGCACGGAUCAAAUUGGUCUGUCUUAUGACUGUUUUCAUCUACCUCGUGAAGGUGAGUGCAGCGUUGUGUGAUGGUGGAAUCUUCGUGUCAAUCAUGGGGUGCGCGUUGACCUGCAAAGGAGACAAAAGAUCCACAAUGCAGAGCGCUGGUCUCUCCUGCGUGAGAGAUCUAUCUGUGUCGCCACCUCCAAACCCCAGAUGGCCUCUUGCGUUAUCAGAUUCGGAUACGUUCGUGCUUCGCCCGUGGUCUUAUCUACUCCGUGAAAGUUGAGCAAGAGCUUGCGUUUCUGGACAAAUGAAUCCAUUGACUUGUCCUGCUGAGCUCGUUUGUUGGCCAGCUUGGCCUCUUUUCUUGCAGAGUGUUCUCUUACAGCUGCUUCGCGACAGAUGGUUUCCUGCAGCACGAUGGUCGGUAAAGUGCCGGAACCGAAGAAAUCCAUCUGCAUCAGGAGUCACGCAGGACAUGAUAUACUAACCUUCAACAGUCAGUGCACUUCACCUACCUUUACGCCAACAGCGCCUGCAUCCUCGACACUAUCGAGAAACUCCCGAAGGUCUUUGUAAUUGUCGGUUGGAUCUUCAAUGUCUCCGCGGUGUUUCCACAGGAAGACGCCCACCCCCCUCUCUUUGCCAUACGUUGUGAGGCUCUUGACGCUCCCCCAUUUGUCGGGCCACUCUUCCCAACCUGUGUCGGAUCAACAGGUUGACACUCUCGCCCAAUUGAUUUGGCAUAUGAUCAUCUUUCGUCUCCACCUAUGUCUACAGUUGCGUAUUCAAAGCCAAGCGCGUCUGCGGCAUCGAUGUAGGCCCAUUCAAUCUCACGGGGACGGUUGUGACACCCACUGGGUGCGGCCUGGUAAUGUCCAUUAACCCAUGCAGCAGCCAUAAGCAUUAGUGUACGAUCAUUACCAGGCAGCUCCACACAGACCUACAGACAAGAAAAGUCAUGGAGUCAAUGAUGAGAAAGCAAAAAUGGCCAAGAGUUCCUGGAUGUUGGUAUCCUGAGACCCACCUUCCUGGUUUAAUGUAUGUUGUGUCAUUGAAGAGGCCCGGAUUUCGCGCCUCCGGGGCCUCGUUGAGGCUGCUCAACAUGUCAUGGUCGACCAGCUGGUCCAGGUUUGCCGCCAAUUGGAUUACUCGCCAAGACGUCUUGACAGGAAGCUGGAGCUCCAAAGGUCCCCACAAGCCCCUGUACUCCCGUACGCUCUGCCUCACUCUCGUAAGCUCGCUUCUGAAGCCGACGCCAUCAGGCAACGCGACGAAGUGAAGGCCCUCCCACCCAAGGAGAGCGGCCCUGUGGCAUACACAAAGCCAUGCACGGCACACUACACAAUACAUGGCUCACUCGGCUAUCACACGGUAAGGGAAGGGACCCUGUUUGUCAAGAUCCUCAAUGGUUACAGGGGGAGAGUAACGAUCGAUUGUGAUCCCGUCUUCCAGAUGCCGGGACCACAAUGAUGCUGCUGGAAAACUCAUGUACUGACCAUUGGCCGACUGCAUGUAUUACAGACGAAGACAAAAUGCGUGCGUACUGGAUAGAUUUGUGUCCCCCACUUUUCUUACGAAGUGGCCGCCUGCGAAGAAUAUUUGGUCUCGCCUUUCUAUCUGUGUCAAGUGGCAAACGGAGGAAGCAGUUCCCGUUUGUCUCUGCAUGUGGUGUGGCUGUAUGGUUCUCACAAUCCAAGCUCUAUCGGUUGCUUCCAGUUCCAUCAAGAUCUCAGACCCGUCGUCCUGAAUUUGGACGCGGUCGCCCCAGCCCCCCUGCAGCGGGAUGUGAUAAGAGAAUGCCACGCCUGGGCUGUCACCACCGAACACACGAAAAUGGACAUCGUAGGUUAGGUUGGUUGGAAGAUGCCGGACGGUGUAAGACGUGUCAACUGAAAACCAAACAGGAGAAAUGCGAAACCAACACUGAGUCUACAUUCACCGCUUUCGCUCUUUGCGACUCGAUGAGCUCCUAAGGUGGCGUACGUAUCCACCUGUGAGAGGACAGCUGUGAGCAGAACCUUCCAAUGUGCUAACCCAUACCUUCCUCAUGUGUCGUGCCUCGCUUUCAAUCGUAACAUUCUCCCCCAGAUGACUGCCGUCCUCGAGGACGAACCCAAGAGCCGAUGGGUUCACUAUCCGACGAGUUCCAGAAGUCACCAUGUACUUGAGCUUGUCAUUGGGAUCGGUGAAAACCCUUGCCCGGAGCUUGUGUAUGGAUGGAGCCGAGAUGGUGGACUGAAACGGUGCAGCAUGGGAAAAGCAAAGGCUGAGACAGAGGGAAGCGGCAAAAGCGACCCCUGUCCAGCUGCGGAGGGAAAUAUCUAUCAUGUAGGCGCAUACCAUGG